AUGCCCCUGGGGGGCUGGCAGCCCUCAGCGCCCCGGCGUCCCCUUCCUCGAGGCUCAGCAGGGGAGGACGAGGAGGAGGAGGAACAGGAUCGCUCCCGGCAGAGCCCCGCCCGCAGCCCGCGGCCCGGCGAGGACACCAAAGGAGGGUUCCUGGCGGUGCGGCUGCGGGGCCGCUGGCAGCGGCUGUGGUGCGCCGUGCGCCAGGGAGCCCUGCGCAUGUUCCCGGAGCCCGGCCCUGCCCAGCGCCCCGUCUGUGCCCUGCGCCUGGACGGCUGCGAGGUCUCCCCCGGGGCAGCCGCCGGAUCCCCCCAAAACCUGCGCAUCCGCAUCGCCCAGCGGGGUCGGGAGCUCGCCCUGCUGCAGGCCCGGUCGGAUGAGGAGAGGGAAGCCUGGCUGAAGACCCUGCAGGCCAGGGGAGGAGGGGAGCCGGCGGGUGACGGACCCCACAGCAAGCCCCCCCGGCCUGGUGAUGCCAGCAGCCGCCCUGCUGCCGGUGGGCUGAUGCUGCGCCGUGUGCCCACCCCCAACACCUACAUGGAUGACCCCUUUGGGCAGCCCCUGCCAGCCGAGACCCCCAAGCACCUCUACUCCAACGCAGAGCGGCUGCAGCAGCUGCAGCAGAGCUUGGACCGGGCAGUGCAAGGGCAGCGCAGGAGACCCGUGUCUGCACUGCCCAUCUGUGCCAGCAGCAAUGCCCUGGGCAGUGCCCGGCCCUCGCAGGCAGCACCCCCACCAGCUCCCCGGGGCAGAGCUCCCAGCCCACAGCAGGCAAAGGAGAACCCCAACCUCGGGAGCAGGGAUCUUUCCCGAUCCCAGCGCACCCUGACACUGCCCGAGAAGAAAGGGACUCGGGAUGGGCUGGACAUCCUCAUUGGGAAGAGAGCCUUUCCCAAGCUGGAGGAGAAGGUGGGACAGCUGGAGAGGGCCUGCCGUGUGAAGGGCAGGCUGAAAGCCGGCUCCGAGAUGAACCUCCUGGCCAUCGGGAAGUCACUGAAGGGCCACAUCGCUGCCACCGCCAGCUCAGCUGGCUCCGAGGGAUCAUUCCUCAGGCCGCUGCUGAAACGCACCACGUCGGCGAGGAGCGCCCUGAAACCGCCCCCGUCGCCCGUCAUUGUGGAGAAGGGGAACGUGAGGCAGAAGAGGAAGGAGUGGGAGAUGAAGUCUGCGAUGUGACCCCGCCCGCCUGCAGACGGACCUGCUGGAGCGGGAGUCUCCCGGCUGCGCGUGGAUCGUGCAGGACCGGCCUGGAUUCAGCCUGGA